UUCUGGUGGUCCAGAGAAUGAGUCCAUCUGAGAGCAAAAAGAAGGACUUUAAAGCCACAAGUAUAUGGAAAACGUUGGAAACUAAAAUUGAAUCUGAAGCGAAAUCUUAAUUUUUCUCAAACCCAAUUUGUAAAAAUGUUUUUUUUUUAUUUGUAUUUGCUCUUAUUUUAUUUUAAAAAUCAGUUUUAAGGAGGUUAUGAUUAUAGAAAAUGACCUAAGUAAAAACUAGAAGAAAAGAGCUAAAUAAAAGUACAUUAAACUUUAAAAAAGUACGACUUUAUUCAUGCUAACGAGUGCCUGAUGUCGAGAAACACAGAAUUAUUGAACAAAGCGGAUAACUGCCAUAAUUAUACCACUAUGGGUCCCCACUUCUCUGCCAAUAAAAGUAAUUGUUUAUAGUUUAAUCUGGGAUUUUACAUCGAAUGGAAUUCCAGAGGGGGAUUAGGGAGUCAGAAGUUCCCAAAUUCUCCUCUCCUGAUAGUUGUGGAAGGCAGCAGGUUGCUUUAUUCCAAACUUUAACUCCACCGCUCUGGAGUAAAACACAUGAAAUGGUGUCAGCAGUCACAUUUAAAAAAGUAAAAUUCAAAUAGUGUUUACAUUUAGAAAGUCUCAACCCCCUUAUUUGCAUGUGAGUGGGUUGGUCCCCCUGCCUAAAAUCCCAAACCCCCACACACAUUUUUCCCUGGGAAUGAGAGUCUUUGUGUCUUUGGAAGUGUCACAGCAGCGCUCGCCCUGCAAUCAGUCAUGCCUUCUGUGUCUGCCACUCCUUGCUUGAAAGAUGGUCAAGCUUCCUGUCCCCACACUGCUAACCUGAUCCACACAGACAGGUAUUCUGCCAGAGUCAGUGCAGCUGAAGGUCUCCACAGUGGUCUCGAAGAUGGGAGCCUUGACGCAGAGCACAGUGAUGCUGGAGAGAACGGCACCAGGGACCAGAGGAAUCCGGAUGGGGCGUCAGGGUUGAAAUGGAUCCGUCCGGAUUUGCCCAGCAGGUGCACCUGGAGACCCGGCGCUCCCGCUUCCGAGUCACCCCACAGCCACCCAGAGCGCACCAAACCCACCAGCAUCCUUCCCAGCGUCUUGGAUCACAUCGGACACACGCCUUUAAUCCGACUGAACAAAAUUCCAAAGGAAUUUGGGCUCAAAUGUGAAGUUUUGGUCAAGUGUGAGUUCUUCAGUGCAGGAGGCAGCAUCAAGGACAGGAUUGCUCUGCGGAUGGUAGAGGACGCCGAGAGAGCUGGGAUCCUCAAACCGGGAGACACAAUCAUCGAGCCCACCUCUGGAAACACAGGUGAUCACGUCACAUCAGUGACACUUCAUGGAACUUCUUUCAAUACGCUUGUGUUGCUUGCAGGUAUCGGCCUUGCUCUCAUUGCUGCUGUCAAAGGCUACAGAUGCAUUAUUGUUAUGCCUGAGAAGAUGAGCAUGGAGAAGGAGGCUGUGCUGAAGAGUCUCGGAGCAGAUAUUGUGCGUACGCCCACGUCUGCUGCUUUCGACUCCCCUGAGUCUCAUAUCUGUACAGCCUGGCGCCUGAAGAAUGAAAUCCCGAAUUCACACAUACUGGACCAGUAUCGCAACGCCAGUAACCCCCUGGCUCACUACGACACCACAGCUGAGGAGAUACUAGAGCAGUGUGAUGGUAAGUUGGACAUGCUGGUGGCUGGAGCGGGAACAGGCGGGACGCUCACCGGAGUUUCCCGGAAGCUGAAGGAAAAAUGCCCCAAUGUCAAGAUAGUGGGUGUGGACCCUGAAGGUUCGGUUCUCAUUCACUCGGAGGAGAGCGAUGAACACACGACCUUUGAGGUGGAGGGCAUCGGAUACGACUUUGUCCCCACCGUGUUGGACCGAUCUCUCGUAGACAUGUGGUACAAAUCCAACGACGCUGAGACCUUCACCAUGUCACGAAAACUGAUCGGGGAGGAAGGCCUUCUGUGUGGUAAACUCACGAAGGAUUCUCCGACAUUUCUCAUCCGUUUGGAUUCAUCCAGUGAACCUGCUUCUUCUACAGGCGGUAGUUCUGGCUCGGCGAUGGCGGCAGCGGUGAAGAUGGCGCGGGAGCUUAAAGAGGGCCAGCGCUGUGUGGUCAUCUUGGCCGAUUCUGUUCGCAACUAUAUAUCGAAGUUCCUGAGUGACCAGUGGAUGGUUGAGAAGGGCUUCCUCAGUCUGGAGGCGCAGACGAACAAGAAAGUUUGGUGGUGGAGCCACACCGUCCAGAGUCUGCAGGUGCCCGCCCCCCUCACCAUCACGCCAUCGCUGUCCUGCCAGAAAACCAUGGAGAUCCUGAGAGCGAAGACGUUCGACCAGGCUCCUGUGGUUGAUGACACUGGCGCCAUUUUGGGCAUGGUGACCCUGGGAACCAUCCUGUCCUCUGUGCAUGAUGGGAAGGUUGAACUCUCGGAUGCGGUCGGCGCUGUGCUCUGCAAGGACUUUAAACAGGUUCACCUGACCGACACGUUGGGGAAGCUCUCCUUCUUCCUGAAAGCGCACAGCUUUGUCCUGGUGGUGCACGAUCACAUCCAGUAUGAUUCGGACGGUUCGGCUCACCUCAGACACGCCGUGUUUGGAGUCGUGACCCCGAUCGACCUGCUCGACUACAUCGCCACACAUGAGGAUCGGGAGCGCGCUGCGUCCCAGCGUUCCCCAUGAAACCACAAAUCACUACAAUUAUCAAUGUUUUGUUAAAAAAAUGUUACAUUUUCUGUAACAUGAUUUCCUUCUGCUUACUAUUAUUAUUUUUUUAAAGCUUCUAUCUUUGUUGUUAAAAUCUCAUAGUUCAUUUUGAUAAAGUCGUUAGUUUCCCCUUUUUUUUUCAACAUCAGAAAUCAAAUUUUAAAACUAUAUAUUUGUUAGAUGAUCCGCUUUAAAGUGUGAAAUCCUUCAUUUAAUAUUUUGAUAGACAAGAGAACUUAACGAGGUUUAAUGUUGGUUGAUAUUUUGAAAACUAAAAUAUAAAAGUGGUAUUUUAUUAUUGCAUUAAUUACUUAACAUGCUAAUUCAAUGUUUAUUUCAUAAUUAGUUGGUUAUUCUAAUUAAUUAAUGAUAAUGUAGGUCAUGGGGAUGAAAAUAGACUAUUUCUGGCCCAGUUUUCUGUCUCUCCUGUGGGUUUGUGUCAUAGUUUUGGAGGUUUUUUUUAGACUUUUUCACAGUAAUCUGCAUGUUUGAAGAAAUAAACGGCCUUCAUUUGA